CUCUCUCCUUAACUUUCUCAAGCCAUUGAUGAGAAGAUAGAGGGAAGUCUUGAGAGAUGUGGAACCUGUCUUUGAUUAAUUUAUGGAUAGCAGACGAACCUCGUUUGCAGAUUGUCGUCUUUCAAAUCGAGUUCUAUAUGAAGUCAGGCGUAUCAACAGCUAUCACGACAACAACACCUCUAAGAUGAGCCAAGUCGGAUUCCAACUCCAGUUUCUGCAGGAGGUUAGACAUGAGAAGAAUCUACAGGCACGGCACAGCAUUUGCAAUCUACACACACACAGCCAUGUCCUCCUCUGUCAUCGACCCCGGAGAUAACCGAUGCAGAAGCCACCGACGAAGUAUACGACGUGAUAUGGUCAUCGGCACCUUCGUUGUGAACCUGCACAAAAGCGCUGAAGCUGAGGUACGUGGGCGAGAGUUCGGCGAGCGGUGCAUGGCCCUCCAAGUAGCGCACGACUUGGCGCAUGCUCGGCCUUGCUGUGGGAAGUGGAUGCGAGCACAGUAAUCCAAGCUUCAACACCAGCUCCACCUCCUCCACCGCGUAGUCUUCCCCCAGCCUUGGAUCCCUCGUCGCCAGUAUCGUCCCCUCCCUCCAGUUCUCCAACACCCAAUCCGAUAGAACCAACUGCUCCGCCGCCAUCCGCUCCACCGGCCUCCUGCCGCAAGCAACCUCCAGAAGGAAUGCCCCGAACGCAAACACGUCGGUGAUGGUGGUCGCCUUGCCGGUUCGAGCGAGCUCGGGAGCAAGAUAACCGAUGGUUCCGACGACGCGGGUGGUCUUUGGAUCGGUUCCAUGGUCAUAAGCCUUGCUAGGCCGAAGUCACGCAGUCUUCCAUUCAAUUCGCUGUCGAGCAACACAUUGCUCGCCUUGAUGUCUCUGUGGACUAUAACCUGCUCCCAGUCUUCAUGUAGAUACAGAACGCCUGAUGCCACGCCUUUGAUGACCCGAAACCGUGUCGCCCAAUCCAGAGGAGGCUUCUCUUGGUCGUACAGAAACUUAUCGAGACUGCCAUUGGGCAUGUAAUCGUACACCAGCAGCAGCUCCUCCUUGCGUCAGCAAUAGCCGAGCAGUUGAACAAGAUUCCGGUGGCGGAUACGACCGAUAUGCUGAAAACUUGGACCCGAAGCAGCUUAAGCAUCGGGUCACGCAAGUUCAAUUUAAUAUCGCCAUCCUAAAUCGAAAUCCCUAUUAUAACUCCAUUCCGAAAGCUCUAUUCGAACCCUAUGCGUCUAACAGUGAUGAUCGUGGACUUUUUACUUGAACAACUGUAACUUAUUGAUAGAGUGGAAGUGUAUGCAAAUAGUUCCUUUAUUACUAUUGUUCAUUGCAGAUAGCUGUGUCGGGUGAGAAAGUUCAAAUAUGUUCAGAUAGCUUCUUCACGCAGAUCAUCACCCACCAUUCAAAGCUUUGCCUGCAGAUGACCAAGUGAAAGAAGACCCAAAUAUUUAUUUGACUUCUGCAAUAGAAAUGAGAUUUAUGAUCAGAAUUGAGUGAAUUAAAUGAGAUUUAUAAGUUGAAUGAUGUAGGUUUACCAGCUUUAAUCAAUGUGAUGAAAUAGAAGAUGAUUUUAAGUAUGUUUUUUUGCUGGGUAUUUCACAGAGUACCUAAAUCUAGUCAUCUUGGACUGGUUGAAACCUUCAACCUCUUUGCGCCUAUAUAUCAGUGGGGGAUAUUAUCUGUUCUUCUGUGAGACACCAAAGCCAGCAGCUCACUCCUCCUCUGUCAAUCCAAAACUAGCAUGAAGAAGCUCUGUAACUUGUCGGCGGUGUUUCUUAGGACUUUGGUCUGCCUCCUCCUCCUCUUCCACCUAAAGCUUCCAGCCUCUAGCAGUGGAAAUGAUAGCUUCACCUUCAACGGAUUCGGAUGCCUCAAUCUUACCUUCGAUGGGGUGGCCAACGUCACCUCCGAUGGUCUGCUGAUGCUCACCAACAUGUCAACGCAGUCGAAGGGCCACGCCUUCUACCCAACCCCGCUUCGUUUCCGGAACCUGACGAACGGUACAAUCUUCUCCUUCUCCACCACUUUUGUCUUCGGCUUCAUCUCAGCAUACACCAACCUUAGCGGGAACGGGAUGGCUUUCUUCGUUUCUCCCACCGAGGACUUCUCUGGAGCCUUUGGUAGUCAGUACUUGGGCCUCUUCAACCAAAGCAGCGUCGGUAACUCGAACAAUCAUGUCCUCGCGAUUGAGAUCGACACGAUCUAUAACCCCGAGUUUCUGGAUAUUGAUGACAACCAUGUCGGGAUCGAUAUCAACAGCCUGAUAUCCAACGCAUCCCACGCUGCUGGUUAUUACUCUAACGACACUGGAUCGUUCACAGAUCUAAGCCUUAGAAGUGAAAAAGCUAUGCAAGUUUGGAUAGACUAUGACGGCCAUGAGAUGCUGCUUAACGUGACCAUGGCUCCAAUCCCAAUGGCCAAGCCGCAUAAACCUCUGUUGUCUGCCACCAUUGAUCUCUCAAGCGUGUUGUUAUCAUAUCCCAUGUAUAUUGGAUUUGCCUCCUCCUCUGGUUCUUUCAAAACAUCUCAUUAUGUUCUUGGUUGGAGCUUUAGGAUGAAUGGGGUAGCUGAACCUCUCGACUACUCCUUGCUGCCAUCGCUUCCUCUGGCAAAGUCAAAUGGCAAGUCAAAGGUUUUGGACAUCGUGCUGCCCUUGGCGUCGGCUGGACUUGCUGUGAUCAUCGCAGGGAUCAUCGUGUUCAUGGUGAGGUGGAGGAUCGAGUAUGCAGAAGUGCUCGAGGAUUGGGAGCUUGAGUAUGGGCCUCAUCGGUUCUCCUACAGAGAUCUGUUCAUCGCUACCAAGGGUUUUAAAGAUAAGGAGCUGCUAGGAAUAGGCGGAUUCGGAAAGGUCUACAAGGGGGUGCUACAGACUUCUAAAUCAGAGAUUGCGGUGAAGAAAGUGUCUCACGAAUCAAGACAGGGCAUGAGGGAGUUCAUAGCAGAGAUCGUCAGCCUCGGUCGCCUCCGCCACCGCAACCUUGUUCAGUUGUUGGGCUAUUGCCGGCGCAAAGUGGAGCUGCUGUUGGUGUAUGAUUACAUGCCCAAUGGGAGCCUCGAUAAGUUCUUGUAUGACAAAGAGAAGCCUACUCUGGAUUGGGCAACGCGGUUUGGUAUCGUCAAAGGCGUGGCAUCAGGCCUUCUGUAUUUACAUGAGGACUGGGAGCAAGUCGUAGUUCACAGAGAUAUCAAGGCGAGCAAUGUGCUGCUCGACCAUGAAAUGAACGGAAGGUUGGGUGACUUUGGGCUGGCAAGGUUAUAUGAUCAUGGAACCGAUCCACACACCACCCACAUCGUCGGAACCAUGGGUUAUCUUGCUCCCGAGCUUGUUCGAACAGGCAAGGCGACCACCAUCACCGACGUCUUUGCGUUCGGGGUCUUCCUCUUGGAGGUUGCUUGCGGGAGGCGACCGGUGGACUCGGUCGCGUCCGGGGAAGAGCAGAUUUUGUUGGAUUGGGUGGUGGAGAAUUGGCGGAAGGGAUCGAUUCUUGCGACGAGAGAUCCGAGGCUGGGAGAUGAGUGCGUGGUGGAGGAGGUGGAGUUGGUUUUGAAGCUUGGCUUGCUGUGCUCGCAUCCGCUGCCGGCAGGCAGGCCGAGCAUGCGGCAAGUGGUGGAGUUCUUGGAGGGCGAAGCAGCACUUCCGGAACUGUCGCCGACGUACCUCAGCUUCAGCGUUCUUGCAAUGCUUCACAAUGAAGGCUUCGAUGAUGACAUCAUGUCGUAUUUGGUCUGCCUUCUCCUCCUCCUCCUCCUCCUCCACCGGAGAUUGAGUCUUGCAGCCUCUUCCAGUGGACGUGAUGAUGGUGAUGAUUUCAUCUUCAAUGGAUUUGGAGGAGCUAAUCUUACUCUCGACGGGGUCGCAUCGAUCACUUCCAAUGGUCUUCUGAUGAUCACCGACGAGACAUUGGACACGAAGGGCCACGCCUUCCACGCAUCCCCACUUCGCUUCAGAGACCUGUCUAAUGGUACAGUCGUCUCCUUCUCCACCACUUUUGCUUUCGGAUUCAUCUCAGACUACACAGAUCUCAGUGGCAAUGGCAUGGCCUUCGUGAUUUCACACACCAAGGACUUCUCCAAAGCCUUAGGAAGUCAGUUCUUAGGCCUCUUCAACCAGAGCAGCAAUGCUUAUAACUCGAGCAAUCAUGUCUUUGCGAUUGAGCUUGACACAAUCCUUAGUCCUCAAUUCCAAGACAUCGAUGACAAUCAUGUCGGGAUCGAUGUCAACAGCUUGAUAUCUAACAAGUCCCACACCGCUGGUUACUAUGAUGACUACACUGGUUCGUUCGAAAGAUUAAGCCUUGGAAGUGGCCAAGCCAUGCAAGUUUGGAUAGACUACCAUGCUCCAGAUAUGCUACUUAAUGUUACCUUAGCUCCAAUCCCGAUGGCUAAACCCCAUAGGCCUCUCUUAUCUGCGGUCAUCAAUCUUUCAAGCGUGUUAUUGGAUCUCAUGUAUGUUGGAUUCUCCUCCUCCACUGGUUCUUUCCUAACAUCUCACUACGUCCUUGGUUGGAGCUUUAAGAUGAAUGGCGUAGCCCAAGCGCUCGACCCUUCCCUGCUGCCUUCUCUUCCUCGUGCGAAAUCAAAUCACAAGUUUAAGGUUUCGCGCAUCGGGCUGCCCAUGGCGUCAGCUACGCUUGUUUUAACCGUCGUAGGGAUUGUCGUGUUCAUCCUGAGACGGAGGACCAAGUAUUCAGAGCUCCUGGAUGACUGGGAGCUUGAGUACGGGCCUCAUCGGUUCUCCUACAAGGAUUUGUUCAAGGCUGCCAAGGGUUUCAGGGACACAGAGCUUCUCGGAAGGGGCGGGUUCGGGAGAGUGUACAAGGGUGUGCUACCGUCUUCUAGAUCGGAGGUUGCAAUUAAAAGAGUGUCCCAUGGAUCAAGACAGGGUAUGAGAGAGUUCAUUGCGGAGAUCGUCAGCCUCGGUCGCCUCCGCCACCGAAACCUCGUCCAAUUGCUGGGCUACUGCCGACGCCAAGGAGAGCUUCUGUUGGUGUAUGAUUAUAUGCCCAAUGGCAGCCUCGAAAAGUUCCUACAUGAUCAAGCUAAGCCUACUCUGGAUUGGGCGACCCGAUUUCGGAUCAUCAAAGGCGUGGCUUCAGGUCUAUUAUAUCUUCACGAAGACUGGGAGCAAGUCGUCAUCCACAGAGACAUUAAGGCGAGUAAUGUGUUGCUCGAUAAUGAAUUGAAUGGAAGGUUGGGCGACUUUGGCCUAGCAAGGUUGUACGAUCAUGGAACGGAUCCACAGACCACUCAUGUCGUGGGAACCAUGGGUUAUCUUGCUCCCGAGCUUGCUCGAACCGGCAAGGCGACCACCAUCACCGACGUGUUUGCGUUCGGGACAUUCCUUCUGGAGGUUGCUUGCGGCAGGAGGCCGGUGGACCCGACGGCGCACGAGGAGCAGCUGGUUCUACUGGAUUGGGUGGUGGAGAAAUGGCGGAAGGGAUCGAUACUGGAGACGAGGGAUCCAAGGCUGGGGGAAGAGUACGCGGUGGAGGAGGUGGAGCUGGUUCUGAAGCUUGGACUGCUGUGCUCGCAUCCUCUGCCCACAGCGCGGCCCAGCAUGCGCCAAGUCGUGCGGUACUUGGAAGGCCAUGCGCCACUCCCGGAGCUGUCGCCCGCGUACCUCAACUUCAGCCUUCUCGCGCUGCUUCACAAGGAAGGUUUCGAUGACCAUAUCAUGUCGUGUCCUUCCUCCUCGGUGGCUACUGCAUCUGUGCUUUCUGGAGGUCGAUGACCGAGUGUCCAUGAACAGAUUGGAAUGGAUGCAAAGAUGGUUUCAAGAUUGUAAUUGAUGUAAUGAUAUUGGAAUCGUAAGCACAUGAUGUGUAAAUGCAAUAUCAAUAGUCGGUUUGGGCCCAUUUGGACCACCGUCAACCUAUAAAG